GUCCGUAACGGACGCGGGCGGCUCGGGGCGUGCUGCGGCGGCGGCCGAGGGGGGCCCGGCCGGGGGCGCGGGGCCGCAGCGCGGGGGCCUGAGGCCGGGCCUCGCGAGCAGGCGCUCAGCCGGCGCAGCCUGCAGCCGCCCGUGGCCUCGGUGGGGCUCGGCCGAGCUGAGCCGGGGCUGGGCAGCAGGCGACCGGCCCCCCCGGCUCGGGGUGGACGCGGCCCGGGGGGCGGGGGCGCGGCGGCGAUGGACGCUCUCGAAGAGGAGAGCUUGGCCCUGUCCUACUCUUCAGCCUCUGAUGCGGAAUUUGAUGCCGUAGUUGGGUAUUUAGAAGACAUUAUCAUGGAUGAUGAGUUCCAAUUAUUACAGAGAAAUUUCAUGGAUAAGUACUACCAGGAGUUUGAAGACACAGAAGAGAAUAAACUCACCUAUACACCUAUUUUUAAUGAAUAUAUUUCUUUGGUAGAAAAGUAUAUUGAAGAGCAGCUGGUGGAGCGGAUCCCUGGGUUCAACAUGGCAGCGUUCACGACGAACUUACAGCACCAUAAAGAUGAAGUGGCUGGUGACAUAUUCGACAUGCUGCUCACAUUUACGGAUUUCCUGGCUUUUAAAGAAAUGUUUCUGGACUACAGAGCCGAGAAAGAAGGCCGGGCACUGGACCUGAGCAGUGGUCUGGUGGUGACAUCCUUGUGCAAGUCACCCACUGUCCCCGCUCCCCAGAACGACCUCCGGCCGUAGGUCUCACCUGCAGGCUGGUUCUCAGCAGCCCCCGGUGACCUGGGGGCCGCUUCCCUCGUGACUGACUAGGGCCGUGUCAGAACGCCCAGCUGCCCCGCGGGUCUUCGGCAACGUUAAGUAUUGCUGGGGCAGAGCAGACUCGCCUGGCCCUCCCGAAACCCUCUUCCGUGCUCAGCAACGCUGGAGCCUCUCUGGCUUCUGUGUCCACAAGCAUCCCCCCCCCCCGGGGGGUCCCUUCCUGGUGUCGGAGUGUCCCACUGGGAAGGAAGAACCCAGCAGCGCCAUAACUGGUCCCCGCAUGCAUCUGUUUUGUGCACUCGGAGUCUUAGAAGCACCCCCAGAGUUUUAGUCCUGCGGCCGCAGUGGGGUUUGAUCAUUAGGGAGCCUUACCUGGGGUACCCCUGAGUCAGCUGCCCGUCUGGGGGUUCCUGAAGCGCCCUCCUCUUACCAAGCAAGUCCUGGCUCGAGGGGUCCAAGGAGAGAAACACCCUUGAUGUGGAAGCUCCCUGUGAAACCAGCCCCGAGUCUUGCAGCAGCCCCGUAUCAGUCUCCCGUCGCUGGUCUGCUGCCGCCCCCACCCCCACCCCCAGUUUCACUCUUUCAAGCAGUUUUGUUAAAAAAAAAAAAAAGGUUUUUAGAGAUGAACACUCAGGCUAUCUAUUAGGUCUCUCCUGGGUCUUUCCUGAUCACCCACUUCAGGAUCAGAGUAUUCUGUGUCGCCUGCUUUCUCGGGUCAGUGCCGUGGAGGCCGUGGAAACGCCUUCUCCGCUGCCCUUCGUACGCCCUGGGUGCCAGCCACACGCCUUGUCCCGCAGCACGCCGUGCGUUGGCGCAGGUUUGUGCUUCAGACCCUCUGUAUAAAUCAGCGCUUUCGUCCUCCCGCUGGUCAAGGGCCCUGCAGCCCCCUCAUCCUGCGGACGCUUCCUACCAAGAUGGUGUUCCCCCGGGCCAGGGCAGCGGCCGCGAGAGGCGCCUCUGCUGCCCCCGUCCCGGGAGAGAACGGGCCACACGCAGAGACAGGGUGUGUUGAAACAGUCAUUCAAACCCCAGUAUGGACCUUCCCAGUUUCCUUUUUUUAAAUAAUCUGUACGAACUUUUUACUUGGCUUGUUGGCGUUUUGAAGGACGACCUAUAGGCUGUGUUCUUCUGUACUGGUGUGUCUCUUAUUAAAUACUUUUGUACCAUCGUAAAA